CUACUGGUCUCUAGUCUGUCCCAUUCCAAUUUACCUGCACGGUCUCAAAACAAAAGCCGAGUUCUCCGUCGAUCAUCAUCAGCUUACAUCUCCCUGCUAAAAGAAAAAGAAAAACUUACAUCACUUGCGCACUCUCCCCAUGCAGAAACGCCAGAUAUCGUUGUAGCUGGUAAUUAAGCCGCGCAGUCGUGUAAUCACGCCAUUCGUCUGGCAACAAGACAAGGCGCGUGCGUGUGCGCGCACCAGAUUAAUGAAGUAGGCAAAUUUUGACUAAGCGUUGGCAACAAAUUUCAUAAGCACGAGCCGCCGGCAGGCCGGCGGCUAAGAGAUAAGGACGGAUUUCAUAAGCUAGUCCCAUCCCGGGCAGGGCCGAAGGCUUGCGAUCUUGGCACGACGUACCACCAUGGAUCAAUAAUGGGGUCACGCCGAUGUCGACGACGGGAUCAUGAUUAUGGCGCAGGACACCCAAGAAAUGGGAGUGAUAGCUCGCAGGACACCCAAGGAAUUAGCUACUAGCUAGAGGUAAGUGAUUAUGGCGCAAAAGCAGGCCGGCGUGGCGACGAGCGGCGGCCGCAAGGCCAAGCCGCACGCGGUGGUGGUGGUGUACCCGCUGCAGGGCCACGUCAUCCCCGUGACGCACCUCGCGUUGCGGCUGGCGGCGCGGGGCUUCGCCGUCACGGUCGUCAACACGGAGGCCGUGCACGACCAGACGGCGCGUGCGCUCGGCGUCGACCCGGCCGGGCACGACUUCUUCGCCGGCGCGCGCGCGUCGGGGAUGGACGUGCGCUACGAGCUUAUCAGCGACGGCCUUCCCGUGGGGUUCGACCGGUCGCUGCACCACGACGAGUUCAUGGGCUCGCUGCUCCACGCGCUCUCCGGCCAUGUCGAGGAGGUGCUCGGCCGCGUCGUCGUCGACCCGGCCGCUACGUGCCUCGUCGCCGACACCUUCUUCGUGUGGCCGGCGACGCUGGCCAGGAAGUUCGGCAUCGCGUACGUGUCCUUCUGGACUGAGCCCGCGCUCAUCUUCAACCUCUACUACCACGUUCACCUGCUCACCAACAACGGCCAUUUCGGAUGCAACGAGCCCCGGAAGGACACGAUCACCUACAUCCCGGGCGUGCCGGCGAUCGAGCCGCACGAGCUCAUGUCCUACCUCCAGGAGACGGACACCAUCAGCGUUGUGCACCGCAUCAUCUUCAAGGCCUUUGAAGAGGCGCGCGGUGCCGACUACGUCCUCUGCAACACCGUGGAGGAGCUGGAGCCGUCCACCAUCGCCGCCCUCCGCGCCGAGAAGCCCUUCUACGCCGUGGGGCCCAUCUUCCCCGCCGGCUUCGCCCGCAGCGCCGUCGCCACCUCCAUGUGGGCCGAGUCCGACUGCUCCCACUGGCUCGACGCGCAGCCGCCGGGCUCCGUGCUCUACAUCUCCUUCGGGAGCUACGCGCACGUCACGAAGCAGGAACUGCAUGAGAUCGCGGGAGGAGUCCUGGCCAGCGGCGCGAGGUUCCUGUGGGUGAUGCGACCGGACAUCGUCAGCUCCGACGACCCGGACCCGCUGCCCGAGGGGUUCGGGGCCGCAUCCGCCGGGCGCGGGCUGGUGGUGCCGUGGUGCUGCCAGGUGGAGGUCCUCUCCCACGCCGCGCUGGGUGGCUUCCUCACGCACUGCGGGUGGAACUCCGUGCUGGAGAGCGUGUGGGCCGGAGUGCCCAUGCUUUGCUUCCCGCUGCUCACCGACCAGUUCACUAACCGGCGGCUCGUCGUGCGGGAGUGGCGCAUCGGCGUGCCCAUCGGGGACCGUGGCGCGGUGUUCGCGGACGAGGUGAGGGUGAGUAUCGAGGGCGUCAUGUCCGGGAAAGAGGGUGAGGAGCUCCGGGAGGCGGUGAAGAAGGUGAGAGCGACGCUCGAGGCCGCCACCGCGCACGGCGGGUCAUCCCAGCGGAGCUUCAAUGAGUUCGUCGAUGAGCUAACGCACCGUUGCGGCAGAUGUUAAGCUGAGCCGACCGAUGGGCCAGAAGCGCGCAUGUCGGGUGUUGGGGAAGUGGCCGCGAAUAAGCGUCUUUGUACUCUUGUCUUGUGUGUAGUGUGUGCCCGGUCAUUGACUCAGUGCUGUGUGGUGCAAUCGGUAAGUGGUAUAGAUCAUAAAUGGACGUGGAAUGUGAUUCUAUUUUGCGUAAUGUCUUAUGAAAUCCUCAUUUAUAUAGAUUUCUAUAACCUUCAUGAUA